AUGUAUCUAGUGCAACCCUCUCAUUACACAGAUGAGAAACUGAGAUCCAGCCAGGCAGAUGAGGAGACCAAAGGCGCGCAGAUUCCACGGCAGAGUCCGGCUUUGAGCUGGGGUCCUCUGCGUCCAAAUUCGGCGCUCUUUCUGCUGCCCAAUCAAACCCAGCUCGUUUCAGAAGCAGGGAAACUGAGUCGGGCCAGGGGGAAGGGGCUUAUUCAAGGCUGCACUUCCAGGGGAGUCAGGACUGGCACCCAGCACUUCUGCCUGCCAGCCACGGCUCUUCCCAUUGCGCCGCACUGCCCCGACCCCGCGCGAUCUAAAACAAUAGUCGGGACUGCUCUGGCUUCCAAGGCGCGCGGGCUGCGGGAGCGGUCAGCGCCAAGCCGGUCUGUGUCCGGGCCCCCUUCCCCGUCCGUCAGUCCCCUCCCCACAGGCUCCUGGAGGAGCUGGGUGGGGCCAAGAGCGCUUUAUAAAGGGGCUGCCGGGCCGCCGAAGCAGCUCCUCCCGAGCAGAAGCAGAGCCCGGCUCACGCCGCUGCAGACUCAGCCCGGGGCAAGUUCUGGAGGAGGGCGCGGGCAGCAUCCGGACAGCUCCUCGGCGCGCCAUGGGCCUCGGCGGGCUGCUGGGCACCCUGCUGGUCACUCUGCUGGGCACCCUGGGAGCUGGCAAGAGCAGCGUGCCCCGCUUACAGCUCUCCUUCAGAGACCUCCUGGCCACAAACCGCUCCACCCUCUUCCUGGGCCCUCGGGGGAGAUUGGAUCUGAGGGCUCUGUACCUGGAUGAAUAUCGGGAUCGGCUGUUUCUGGGCGGCCGGGACACCCUCUACUCCCUGAGACUGGACCAUGCAGGGCCUGACCCCAAGGAGAUCUUAUGGCCUCCCCGACCGGGCCAGAAGGAGGAAUGUAUCCUGAAGGGCAGAGACCCCCAGAGCGAAUGCGCUAACUACGUCCGAGUGCUGCACCCCUACAACAGAACCCACCUGCUGGCCUGCGGCACGGGCGCCUUCCAGCCCCUGUGCGCCCUCAUCGCCGUGGGCCAUCGGGGGGAGCACGCGUUCUCCCUGGAGCGGGCCAGCGUGGAAGGCGGGCGGGGCCGCUGCCCCCACGAGCCCGACAGCCCCUUCUCCAGCGCCUUUGUGGGCGGAGAGCUGUACACGGGUCUCACCGCCGACUUCCUGGGCCGCGAGGCCGUGCUCUUCCGCAGCGGCGGCGCCCGGCCUGCCCUGCGCUCGGACACGGACCAGAGCCUCCUGCACGACCCCAGGUUUGUGGGCGCCGCCCUCAUCCCCGACAGUGGCGACCGGGACAACGACAAGGUCUACUUCUUCUUCUCGGAGGCGGCCGCCCUUCCCGACGGGGGCUCGGGCCAGGCCGUGGUCAGCCGCGUGGGCCGCGUCUGCGUGAACGAUGCCGGCGGGCAGAGGGUGCUGGUGAACAAGUGGAGCACCUUUCUGAAGGCCAGGCUGGUCUGCUCCGUGCCCGCCCCCGGGGGCGCCGACACCCACUUUGACCAGCUGGAGGACGUGUUCCUGCUGCGGACCAAGGACGGCAAGAGCCCCGAGGUGUACGCCCUGUUCAGCGCUGUCAGCGCCGUGUUCCAAGGCUUUGCUGUCUGCGCCUACCGCAUGGCCGACAUCUGGGAGGUCUUCCACGGGCCCUUUGCGCACAGGGACGGCCCCCGGCAUCAGUGGGGUCCCUACGGGGGCAAGGUGCCCUUCCCUCGGCCAGGGGUGUGUCCCAGCAAGACCACAACUCAGCCUGGCCGGCCCUUCGGCAGCACCAAGGACUACCCGGACGACGUGCUGCAGUUCACCCGGGCCCACCCCCUCAUGUUCCACCCGGUGCUGCCCCGGCACGGGCGCCCCCUCCUUGUCAAGACUCACCUGCCCUACCGACUUCUCCAGAUUGUGGUGGACCGAGUGGAGGCUGAGGACGGGGCCUACGACGUCAUCUUCCUGGGCACAGAUGCGGGCUCUGUACUCAAAGUCAUAGCUUUCCAGACUGGAAAGUCUGGGGAGCCCGAGGAGGUGAUCCUGGAAGAACUGCAGGUGUUUAAGGUACCCACGCCCAUCAUCGAGAUGGAGAUUUCUGUCAAAAGGCAAACGCUGUACGUGGGCUCCCCGCUGGGUGUGGCCCGGCUCCGGCUGCACCAGUGUGAGACGUACGGCAGCGCCUGCGCCGAGUGCUGCCUGGCCCGGGACCCCUACUGCGCCUGGGACGGCCACACCUGCGCCCACUACCAGCCCAGCUCUGGCAAACGGCGCUUCCGCCGGCAGGACAUCCGGCACGGCAACCCGGCGCUGCAGUGCCUGGGCCAGAGCCUCGGCGGUGAGCGGGAGGCCCCGGGGGACGUGAAGGCCACAGUGGUGUACGGCACGGAGCACAACAGCACCUUCCUGGAGUGCCGGCCCAAGUCCCCGCAGGCCGCCGUGCACUGGUUUGUGCAGAGGCCCAAGGACCAGCAGCCCGACCAGGUGAAGACAGAUGAACGUAUCCUACAAACGGAGCACGGGCUGCUCUUCCGGAGGCUCAAUCGCCUUGACGUGGGCACCUACUCGUGUAAGACCCUGGAGCACGGGUUUGCCCAGACGGUGGCCAAACUGGCCCUGGAGGUGAUCGGGGCUGAGCAGCUGGAGGGCCUGUUUCCCCGGGAGCCGGCAGAGGGGGAGGCCACCCCCAGGAGCGCCCCGACCCGGGCCUGGUACAAAGACAUCCUCCAGCUCAUCGGCUACGCCAACCUGCCCCGGGUGGAGGAGUACUGCGAGCGCGUGUGGUGCGGUGACCGGUACCGACGCAAGGGCAAGCACAGCAAGGGCAAGAGCUGGCUGGGGACCGAGCUGGGAAAGAAGGCGAAGAGCCGAGCCCAGGGGGAGCGCAAUCGGACCCCCCGGGAAGUGGAGGCUACAUAGGAGAGGGGCAGGUAGCUGGGACGGGGAGCGCAUUGCCCAGCUCUCUCGGAGGAAAGCCUCACUGGCCGCCCCGCUUUCCCCCUUCCCCCACAAGUAGCUGGGGCAGGGGUGUCCGGGGCCCAGACUGACCAUCUGGCCUAGCGCCUUCCUUUUGCAGGGAACUAAAAUCUCUGCCCCCCAGAACCAACAGGCAGGAACCCCGGGGCUGGAGAUUCCCCAAGCAUCUGGUGUGGCCUGGGGGGCCCUUUCCCUAAGCCUCUGUGCCACAGCCCGCACCCCUUCCUGCCAGCGUCGCCAGGGACUACCCGAGUCCCAGGAGGCCUGCUCAUGUUCCGCUGCCUUUGUUCUCCUUGGGAGGUGGGGUCUGCUUUUGCAAACGCAUUUCCAGCUGUGCCCAAAGAGGAGGCAGUUUUAUUUUUCUUUCUCAGCCUGUGAAACAAUAGCCAUUCCCGACAACUUUUAGGGUACCUGGGCCAGAGGGACCAGUCUCACAUUGAAGCGGUAGCAGGUGGGACGUGAGAUACUUUCCCUCAGGGUCUGGGGGAAGAGCAAUGAGGCUCAGAGCCAACUAUUUCCCUUCUUGUUCAGGAUAGGAAAACUGCCAGCAGAGUUUCUGCUAACUGAACUAAAUCUUCCUCAAGGUGGGUGGUGGGAGUGUUUGUAGGGGAAGGAGUAGAGACGAGGAAUUUGUUUUGACUCCAGACCAGACAUAUUGAUUUAGAGCCAAAGGACCUCAACGACCACCUCAUUCAGUCCCUCAUUUUAAGUAUGAGGUCCACAGAGAUUAAGUGAAUUACUCAAAAUUAUAAAGGUAGGAAGUGACAGGUUUGAACCAAGGCCCUUUGAUUCCAGAGCCAGCCAUUUUUUUUUCUAUUGUGCCACAUUGUCCCUGAUGUUCUAGCACUGCCUUUUUAUCCAUCUUUCCCCGUAACUGAGGCCGUAGGACACCUUUCAGUCCUAGCAUUCUGUUUUAAAACUGAGAGUCCCGGGACCCAUACUGCUCUCCACAUCCCCCAUCUUUGCCCCUUGCGGAGUCCCAUUAGAAUGAAGCAACUGGUUUAUCUGAGGUCCUAUUUCCCUCUGAUGAUUGGGGAACCAUUUGGCUGCCAACAAGAGACAAGUUUUAGGGAGCAGAAGAAAGAACCAGUUCUGUUCUCACAGUUCAAUAUGAACUUAAUAUGAAUUAACUAAAUAUUUAAUUUCUGAAUAAUGAAUUAACUAAAUUAACCUGCAACUUCAAAGGCUAUGGAAAUUCUGAGGAGGAGCAGCAGCAGGUCAGUAUUAAAAAAAAGAGCUAAUGCAAUAUGGGGUUGCGUUAAUAGAGUUCUCAAGUGCCUAGAAGAAAGGAAAUCAAGGAAUAUAAUAGUCCUGCUGCCCUUUGCCCUGGUUAGUCAGCCUCUGGAAUACUGUGUUAUAUUUUAGAAAAGACAUGGACAAGGGGGAGCAUGUGCAGAGGAAGAAUAUUGUUGCACAAAGAAUAGUUAAAGGAACUGGAGAUGUUUAACCUGGAGACUUGGGGGCAGGGAUCUGGGACAAGGAAGAGAAGAAACAUGGUCAUUGUCUUUAAAUAUUUGAAGAGCUGUCAUAUGGAAAAAGAAUUAGAUCUAUUUUGUGCAGCUCCAGAGGAUGAAAAUAGGAUCAAUGGGUGGAAGCGCCAGGGAGAUGGAUUUCAGAUUUUUAAUUUGAUAAUAGACUGACCCACAAGAGAGUGGGCUGCCUUUUGAAGUAGCAAGCAGAAGAUCGUGUCAAAACUGUUGUCUGCAGGAUAGGAACGAUGAAUUGAAAAAUCUCCAAACUGCCCAGAGCUUCCCCCUCCUAUUAUUGACAUUUCCUGGUUUUCUGAAAACAAUUUCCUUCUUUCUUCUUCAACUCCACCUCCCAUUCCCCCACUUAGAAUUUUUCUAGGUCCUGGCAUUGUUCUCUGUAAUAAUGACUGGUGUGAACUCAGAAAAUUCAGGUUCUCCAUUUCCUACCCCACAUGGUCAGAAAUUCUUGGAAGAUCUGGAGGGUGUGGGGGUAGGGAUAGAGUAGAGGGAAGUAGGCCCUGGAAUCUAGGGGAAGAGUGGUGGGGGGUGGAUAAUGAUAGAGAAUCUCUCUCUGAGUGUCAGAAUCCCUUCAGCUAGUCCAGAGUCUCCUCAGGAGCUUUGGGAGAAGCGAGGAAACUAUGCUGAGUCUCCCACUUUCUGCUGGGCAGGGUUCCGGAGGGGAUUUGGGUGUGAGAACCAGCUUACAUAGGGUUUUUUCCAGAAGAUGUUAAUUUAGAGAAAAAAUUAGGAAUUCUAAAUCUUGGAACAAGAUGUCUGUGUCUGGGACAAAUGCUACAUAGAGUCAUCCAGGGAAUAAUUCAGGGCUAGGAUUGGGGAAUGGGGGAGGAUUAAAUUGAAAAGACUUCCUAUUCCGAGGAUGAACAAUUUAAGAGAUGCAGGAAAAGGGCAAAAUAGGGUGAGGGGAGAGAAGUGCCAUGAGUCUGACAUUUCCUCCUCUUUGGGGGAAAUAACAUAGUGGGGUGGAGGGGAGUUUGCUCCUUUCUCUCAAACCCGUGUGUAGACUUCAUCCAUGUCUUCUGACAUAGAAUCAAUCUGAAAGCAUGAGAUGAGAGCAGAGUUGAUUUUCUCUCCUUCCUGGGACUGUUAUGAAUGUGGGAGAGAGGGCAAGGAGAAAGAGAAGGGAUGAAAGGGGAAAGAAGAAGUCUAAGAUAGGAAAUGGUGUUAUCCCAAGGCCUUCCUUGGGAUAAUGAGAAUGAGAGAGUGGGGCUAUAGCAAUCAAUGAAUAAUCCAGGUAUGAGCAGGGCCCCAGCUUAGCCCCAGUAAGUGUUCAUCACAUCCGUUAACUGGGUCAAGCCAAGAAGCAUUUAUUAAGUGUCUGUUCUAAUUGGGCAAGAGGAUGGUAGACAGGUCUUAGACACUGAACACAUUUCUAUGUGAUAAAAUAUCAGCCUUUUCUACCAGAUCUUGGUUUGGAAGCCUUUACUUUAAAUAUACCAUAUUGUUUCACUUGUGAAUAAGCCCUGUAAAUAUACCAUAUAUUUGAAUUUUAUUUUUCUAUGCUAGGUUCGAUCUUACAUAUAGAAUAUGCUCUUUGCCAUUGGAGUGUUUCCUAUUUUUUUACGAUAUAACUGUUAUUUAGUUCUCCAGAAGGAUGCCUACAGAAAACUGUCAUGUUAAACCUCUGGGGAUGGGGAGGAGGUUAGUAGUAUUUAUAUUUUUGGUUUUGUGCAUUUACUGUUCUACCAGAGCUGACUCUUCCUGCUUCGGUGGCCCAUGGAUGGAGAGCCGUAUUCUCCAGCCUAGGACAGGGGAAGCUAACAAGAAUUGGCUCGAAGUUUGCAAGGAGAAAGGAGCCGAGUGCAUUGUUUGUGGGAAACUAAGAUUGUUUAUUAAACUGGGAAAACUCA